AGCCGCUGCAUGUCGACUCCUCCCCGUCCAGCGCCCAGGACUCAUCCCCCAAGACGCCGACCCAAGCCCAUCAGUUCUCUCCCCACCUCUACAACGACUCGAAGCGAUCGCGCACUCCCGCCUCUGGCGUCGACGGCGACGACUAUGCGUCCACCAUCAACUCGGGCACCGCCACGCCCGCCAUGAAGGCGCCCACGCAUCCUCCGCCUCCCAUUCCUCCGCCGCCUCCGCCCCCGCCCCCGGCCGUCGACGUCCUUGAGGUCCCCAGGGUCGAUUACCUGCUGCAAAACGGCGGCCUCCCGCAACCAGUUACGAGGCACUUUCUCUCGGUGCUGCCCCUUGUCAACGGCACCCUGAGACAGGGCAACUCCGCUCUCAGUGGCGCCGAGUCACUGUUUACGCCGUUUGUCAACCUCUUGGACCAGUAUCAAACCGUGCUCUCCAAGCAAGGUUCCGUUGCGGUAGCCACCGGCCACCGGUCAGUCGCUCGCCGCCUGCUCGACCGGCUUGAGAACGUAUUCUCUCGAGAUCUGCCACCUCACGGCUGCUCCUGCAUCAUCUGCGAGAAAUCCAACGAGCCUCAUCGCGGACUCAAUUGGGGAGAUGUGCUCGAGUGGGUCAGCGGUCGCAUUGAGCUCCCCUCGUGGCCGCCCUUUGACUUGGCGGACAUUGGCACCAAGGCGGCCGAGGUCUCGGGAGAGUUGCCACCAAGGCCCGACUCUCCCAUCCAACUGGACCCCGACAUUGCUGAGGAGUUCAGGGAGCACUACCUGCGACAAUCGAAAAAGGUCAGAUCCGCCGUCGACAGGUGGCUGAACAGCACGGGCGAGACGCCUGUGCCGCCACCCCAAGAGGUCGACGACGAGACGCUGAGCUUUGCCAUCCUGACCAACCUCGACCCCGCGGACCGGCCCUACUUCAACGCCCUCCUCGCCGGAUCCAAGGAGCUGAGGCCGGCUACCCGCGCCCCGACGCCUCUGAACCGACCGCGCAACGAUUUCAUUGUCAAGACCGGUCUCUCGUUGCAGCGGCUAUACCGUCUUCAACAGGUGCCCCGGGACGCGGAGAGCGCGACCUAUCUCAUCAAAAAUCCCCACACCCACGACUUGCUCGUCACCCUGUCCAACAUUAACACUCAGGAAUGGGAGAUACUGACGUCCGGUCGCUUUGACGGAUUCCUGUGGUCCGG